GAGAACUGGAUUAUGCCUGUGGUGCAAACACUGUACUUAGAUUUGACCAGCUCCUCACUAUAUUAUCAAGAUGCCCGAAGACACAGUAGCUAAGCCAACCGCCACUUUUAAAAGCUCUGCCUCAGCAAAUACUUUACAUUACACAGCUUGAAUCUUGGCCUGAUUAUCAGUGAGCAGCAGAAAUCACAGAGGCUUUACGACAGUGAGUAAAGGUUCAGCUAAAUGAACUCCCAGACCUGCUGCUCUUAAGCAAAGGCAUAAAUAAGACGGAAAGAGAGGAGCAUAUCUUCCACUCUGUGUGCACUGAACUUUCUUGUCUCUAUACACUCACAGAAGGUGGGUAGGAGAUGGAGUCUGGCGAAGCUACUGUACAGUACAACCGAUGGAAUGAAGACAACAUUAAUAUGAAUGUAGCUGCUUCUCAGACUAGUCUGAAUGGGAUCUAUAACAAACUGUGCACGGGGCAGCUGGGCGUGGUUGUGAGAGUGGCAGGUUCGCUGGCUGUAAUGGCUUCCAUGUACAUCCUCGGCUACGUCACUGGAUACUACGUCCAUAAAUGCUGACACUGUCAAAGACGUUUCACUACUGUCGCCAACAGCAUAUGAUGAAUGAAUUAACUGUGAAGUGAUUUAUUCAUUCUUUCUCCAUGUAUGAAACAAAUUUUACUUGAAGUUUCAGUUUUUACCAGUGUUAUGAAAAUGUUAAUGAGAAUGCUUUUAUCAUGUAUGAUUUUAUUUGCUCCACUGGAAUUUGUACAAUGUAUGCUUUGUGUUAAUUUGAAAUUGUAUUAAAGCAUUUCAUAUUAAA